AUAUUGCAUGUUUAAGCUAACUUUCAUUCAACAAAGUGCAUCACAUAUAGAGGCAUUAUUACAUAUUACCCAUGAUAAUAACAUCAUCAAAUACUCUUCAAACAACCUAAGUCUAACAUGACAUUGACAAACAACAAACCAAACAUGGCUAGAAAUCAUAUGAUCUUGACAUUCCUUGUAUUGUUUUUGCUGAUUUCAUCUCUCUCUGAUGCCACAAACAGUACCUCAUCAGACAUCCUCCAAGCCAUUCAGGAGAUGAGAACAGCCAACUAUUUCACCUUUGUAAUGCUGAUUAACAUGGCCCCUGCAGACCUUAUUCAAGGAAACAUCACUUUCUUGAUGCCAAGAGACAGGACACUUUCCCAAACAUCAAUCCAAGAAAACGACGUCGCAGAUUUCUUGCUCAGGCAUUCCAUACCAUCACCAUUGCUUUUCGGCCACCUCGAACACUUCCCAACAGGCUCCAUGAUACCAACUUCAAAACCUGAUCUUUUCCUCAGAGUCACCAAUUCUGGAAACAUGCGUUUCUUUCUCAACAAUGCUAGGGUUGUCAGUCCAAAUAUCUGUACCCAAAGUGCUUCCAUCAGAUGCCAUGGCAUUGAUCAAGUCCUGGAAGCCACCACUUUGGCAUCUGAUAACAAUGCCAGUCUUGCUGUGCCUCCACCCUGUGAUCGUAACAUUACGAGUCCUCCUCCUUUUGGGCUGGAUGCAUCACCUCCUGUAAUGUCACCACCAUCAGCAGCACAACCAGCAAGUAUCAACAUUAAUCCGGUCACGUCAUCGGCUUCACCACUGAAAUCUGCUGCUCAUCAAUCUGCAGGUUCUUUAAGUCAAACUGGAAUAACUAUGCUUAUUUGGUUGCUGAUGGCCGUGAAGUUGUCUCUUUGAUGAAUCAAAGCAAGAGAACAAGCUUGUAUAUGGAGGCCAAAAUGGAUAUAGUGAUAUAAUAUACUGAAUUUAUAUUGUC